AUGGGGGAGUCGGAGCGGGCCGCGGGGGGCGCGCGGCCGUGCAUCGGCCUGCCGAGGAAGCGCGGGGUCGCGUCCCUCUUCUGCUUCUCCAUCGUGGAGGGGACAGGCUACGAGCCGGAGAUCCUGCGGGUCCAGCUCGAGAAGGGCCUGGGAGAAUCUUCGCGUGCGACGGGCAGGUCAUGCUCAGCAGCGACGACCUGGUCAUCAGCGGCGUUGGCGACCAGGCCCUGCUGGGCGAGCGGAGCGCGGCGCCGCGAUCCGCGGCCGCGGUGCUCUUCACGCCCGCGCCGGUGGGCAUCUCCAAGGAGACGGGACUGCAGCCAACACGCAGCUCUUCUUGAACGCCUGGGACGUGGUGCGGACGAGCACCCCGUUCUCGCGGUACGACUGGACGGUGAAGGUCGACCCGGACGCCGUCUUGUUGCCCGAGCGCCUGGGCCAGCGUUUGUUCCCCUGGACGGGCCGCAACGCGUACGUGAGGAACUGCAACAAGUUUCCAGACUCUGGCGACUUCCCGAUGAUGUUCGGCUCCAUGGAGAUCUUCUCGCGCGCGGCCCUGCAGACGUACUUCAGCGGCGCGGAAGCCUGCAAGGACAAGCUGCCUUGGACUGGGGCGAAGAUCUGUACAUGGGCAAGUGCCUUAACCUUCUCGGCGUCGAGGCCCUCGACGACUUCGAGGUGGUCUCGGAUGGCGUGUGCUCAGGCGUAGACUGCGGCGACGAUCGGGCAUCUGCUUUCCACCCGUUCAAGAGUAAGGAGAUUCCGACAGCUGGCUCGAGUGCUGGUGGAAGGCGCGCCUCGGGUCCGCCGCGUAGGGCGCGGGCGUGGCGCCCCUUUCCUCGCCUUCCUCGUCAGCGUGCAUCUCUUCCCCCCUCUUGCCUUCCGAGGGCGGGCUCCUGCUCAGGCCGCGCGAAGCAGCGCGGGGCCCCGCCUGGCUGUGGCGGUGCUACCUUUUUUGUGCCGUCCAACACGGCGAGCUUGCAUUUCGCAGUGACAGUGCGCUUUGAAGUGCGCCUGGAUUGUGCUGAAUUGUCAGCUCUUGUUUUUCAUGCCAAUGACACGUUCGGCAAACUCGCCGUGCAUUCUUUGCUGUUGCAGUAGUAGCAGCAGUUGAUCAUUUAUUCAUCCCUGUUUCUCACUUCAUUCGCAUGCCCUGCACACUUGACGCUCAGAAUGUUCGUGUCCAGUGGGCACAGCACGGGUAUUACAUCUGAUGCGGCCAUGAUGCGGCGGGUGCUUCUUGAGUCAGGUAUGCUGAGUUGGACCAUCAAGUCGUAGGUACCCCGCGGAUUAUCCAGCUGACUGCAGCAAGUCCCGCCACGGUGUCAGCCCAGCACUGGAGGAGCGCGCAGGAAGCCGAAACGUGUUACACCUCAUGACCCGAGGCUUGAGGGAGGCUGACCAUCGAAAGUGGUUGAGAAUGGACCGAAGUGGCAAGGAUGCAAGGGUGCCCUUGGGAAGGUUACCAGCCUUAUCAUCGGUUUCGACUGUACCACGCCUCAAC